AUGUGUCGAUUCCUGAUAUACAAAGGGCGAAAUGAGAUCCGUCUCAGUAAGCUGAUAACCGAACCGAGUCAUUCAAUACUUACUCAAUCAUAUGAUUCACGCCUGAGACUGGACAAUCGUCGUCCUGUCAACGGUGACGGGUUUGGUGUAGGCUUCUACACAGAUCCGAAGCUUGGGCCUGAACCUUGCAUCUUUACUUCAACACUACCAGCCUGGAACUGUGAGAAUCUCGAGCGACUCGCUGCAAAGACAUGCUCAGAUCUCAUUUUUGCGCAUGUACGCGCAACAACUGAGGGUGCCCUUGCAGAGAACAAUUGCCAUCCAUUCCAGCACCAGUCCCUGAUGUGGAUGCACAAUGGCGGCAUCGGCGGGUGGAGUUACAUCAAGCGUACUCUAGGAAGCUCACUCGCCGACAAGUGGUACCUAGGUGUAAAAGGUGGCACCGACAGUGAGUGGGCUUUUGCCUUGUUCCUUGACUUGCUAGAAAAAGAAGGAGUAGAUCCAAGCUCUGACCCAGGUCCUGAGGGAUUUGGACAAGCACUUCUACGUCGUGUUUUGAUGAAAACUAUUGCCAGAAUCAAUGAAAUGGUCAAGGAAAUCCCAGAGAAAUAUAACGUCACCGGGGUUGAAACUCGGAGUUUGUUGAACUUCGCCGUGACAGAUGGCCAUACUGUUGUUUGCACUCGGUACAUCAGCAGCAAAACAGACGAGCCUGCCAGUUUGUAUUUCUCUUCUGGUACCAAGUGGAAGGAGGGUGAAACGAAAGGGCACUUCAAGAUGGAGCGACACGAUAAAGGUGCCGAUAUUGUUCUCGUGGCCAGUGAACCCAUCACCUUUGAACGACGUGAGAAGCUUUUUCCCUCUCUCUAUACCUAUCAGCAUAUGCUAAUCUCAUACACAGACAAUUGGGUGUCAGUCCCAACUAACUCAGUUGUCACCAUCCACAAGCAGACAGUUAUGCUUCACCCGAUUCUUGAUGAAUUUUAUGGCGAGAACCUCAACCAUGACCGCUCUUCCUGCUUUGCUGUAUCCAAGGGACUCGUUAGCACCGCUCCUGGGACAACUAUCCCGCCAUCUAAUACAAAGGAGCCUUGCGCUCCUUCUACAACAGGCAGCGCUAUUGGAAACACUAUGGAAAGCUUGCGGUCUGGUCAUGUCACCGAAUGUGCCGUAUCACACUAA